GCUCGGGCGGUGAGACGGAGGAGAUGGAGGGAUGGAGAGGUUUGGCUUGUUUGCGUUUCUCUCUCGUUUCGCCACUCGGCGUUUGACAGUCACCACACGCGGACCUGAGAGAACCCGUUCCUCACUAUGGGAGUGUCUUCCUCCAGCCUUUUGGACGAGAGCAAAGCCAACUACAUCAGAGGGCGGGCAGAAGCUGAGCUGAAAAACUUCAGCCCUCACUAUAAGAGGCAGUACUGCGUGGCCUUUUUCUCCCAGCUGCAGGAUGAAGUGGAACAGCAUCGCACCGGCCAAACACAGCUCCUCAAACAGAAGGAGCCUCCUCAGGCCUCAGUCGUGGUGUACAAGGACAGCCUUCAGCACUUCGACGACAGCCGGAAGUGGAAGGAGAGGUUUGUGGUGGUCCGAGCAGAUUACAGCCUGGAGCUCCACGACAGCCAGGAGACGUUCACCAAAGGAACUCCAGCGCGUCACACGCUCCUGCUAACAGGUGGCACUGUGCUGACCUCAGAGGAGAAAUAUUCUGCCCUAGUGGACAAGGCCUUCCCUGACCUCAACAGCUCUAAAGAGGAGGGGUCAGCGCCGGUGGUAACACCACCAGGGCCGUUCCCUGUUUACCUCAGACUGCCCUUCAGGAGAGACUCAUACUUCAGCUUCCAGCAACAGGAGAAACAGAUUCAGUUCAUCUCCACACUGUCUGACUGCAUCCGCCACCAGAACCACGACUUUCUGAAGAGGAACACAUGUGAAGUCCAGGCCUUCCUCAAAGCCAUUCAUUUCUACAGACAGGAGAAGGGCCACUAUGAGUCUUGGGAGAUGCUGGUGGGCUCGGACUCUCAGGUCCUGGCUAACCUGGUGAUGGAGGAGCUCCUGCCGUCACUGCAGACGGAGCUGCUGCCCAAACUGAAAGGGAAGAAGGCGGAGAGGAAGAGAGUGUGGUUCACGACUGUGGAGGCGACGUAUGAGCUGGUGCAGGAGCAGCUGAGGGAGGGACUGCAGAGCCUGAAGGACGAGUGUAGGGAGGCGGCCAAACAGCAGGAGGCGCUCAUACGCUCUGACAUGGAUCAGAUCGUCAACUCCCGCACCUUCCUCGAAACCAAACUGCAAGGGUUGGUCUCGGAGCCAGCAGUGAAGUUCUGCUCUGAGAGCGUCGCUCCAUAUCUGGCGUCCAUCCUGGAGGAGCUGAUGGGGCCGGUCAGCUCAGGCUUCCAAGCUGUGAGGCAGCGUUUGGAGACUGAACUGAGCCGAGUCUGCAAGGACUUCGCUCCAGGAGGAGAUCUAGAAGAACUUACUAAAGCUCUGGAGGAGAUUGGCCAUGCCCAGCUGGAGGACUGCUACCAACAUGUGACUGUCCUGAAGGAGCAGCUGCAUGAGCUCAGGAACCGCUUCAAAUUCUCCAAUUCCACCCUGCUGGUCCACACCACCCAGGGCCACAUGCAGCAGCUGAUGGAGAAUGCCGUGUACACAUUCCAGACGCUGCUUCAGGCAGCCGUAAAGGACAAACCUGACAAACUGGCCACAGUCAUGGACAAAGCCAAGCUGCGAGUGCUGAAGCAAUAUGACUAUGACAGCAGUACCGUGAGGAAGAAGAUUUUUCAGGACGCUCUGGUGGACAUCACUCUGCCGGCCAUCAGGAGGAACCUCGCACCCACCUGCAAAACUGAGCUGCAGAACUACGAGCAGUACAUCUUUGCUGAUUACACAAACUUCAUUCAAGUGGAGAACGUCUACGAUGACAUCCUGCUCAACAUCCUCAAUAACGAAGUCAACAAAGUGGUGAAGGAGGCCGCCAGUCUGAAGAAGCACAACCUGUUUGUGGACAGCACUGAGCUCCAGUGCAUCAGCCAGAGCAGCCUGAACGACAGCCGGACGCCUCCUCUCUCUGCGCCAUCUAGCCCAGCCAAGGUUCCGGUCACUCGAAAGGCUGAGGAGAACAGCACCUCCCCAUUGGUGGGCAAUGGCUGUUUGGAGAGCCAAUCAAAACAGGAGAGCCAGGAUGUUCCAGUGGAGGAUAAAAGAGAGAUUACCACUGAAUCUGAUCAGCCGAAUGAAGAAAAACCACCAAAGCCUGAAGCAUCUGAACCUUCCACAGCUUCAUCCGAGAUCACUGCAACCGUUUCUGAAGCUGCAUCCAAACCCGAGGCCUCUAUAACUGAAUCCCAGGCACCAGUGUGUGAUGUUUCUGUUGAUAAACCUGAUGUGGCUUCAUCCACUCCAGAAGGUUCCUCACCAGAAGUAGGAGAAUCUGAAGUGAUGGUCACUUUGGCUCCAGAGAAUCUGAAUGAUUGUCCUACAAUUAUAGUAUCGACGCACCCCGAAUCGCCCAUCGAACAACAGAACGCUACAGACAAAGCCGUCUAUCUGAUCCCACCAGCUGGACUGAAGGCAGGAAGUGCAGUUCCUCUUGCAGAAGAAGCUGAUUCUGAGGAGAACAGCAAUGUGGAGGCCCAGAAGAAAGAAGAGACAGAAGAUACAACUGAUGCUCCGGCUCCAGUUGCUUGUUCUGAAGUCUCUGAAGCUGAACCCACAGCUAUCAUCUCACCUCCCACUGAGCCCUGCACUGGUACAGUCCAGCCUGAUGCUUCCAACGUUGAAGAUCCAUCCGAUUCACAAGCUCAAGACAAAGACCAUCCAGAAAUUCAAAUGGAGACCACUUCCUGUGGUUCACCUGGCCCAGCUGUAGUCAAUGAGGCAUCGAUCCAGAGCGACAGAAGUGAGGACACUGUGGCCACAAGUUCCACCACAGAGAACGCUCAAGAACUUUCCAUCAGCCCUGAUCCUCCAGCAGGGGGCGACGACUCUCCAAAGUCAGCGCCCAUAGAGAGUGAAGGUGAUGCGGACUGCUCAGAUGCGGAAGGAGAAGAGCUGCUGGACAGUGUGAAGGCCAUCAGAGACCUGGUGGUGGAGAUCAUUGAAGUGGAGGACUUUGUGACGCCUUGUCCAGACAGCGGUGACGCUUAGAGGCCUCUAUUAAGCUCUGAUAACUGACUGAACAUAAUUCCAAGAUGAAAUGUUGACCUCCCUAUAGAACAAACAACUAAACAGAACUGUCCAUGGCAACUAACGCUGAUAACAACAUAGACUGAAAAGGCUUUGUUUUUCUAAACAUUGUAGCUGAAGGCUAAUAUUACAUGCUAAUAUCCUGUACACUGACAUUCUGUGAUUGCAAAAUAUAAAUAUGAGAAUUUGCAUAUUUUGAAUUAAGAUUAAGCUAUGAAAAUUGUUUUCCAGGAAAAACACUCCGACAUUAAUCAAUGGAAAUUUGUUUAAAACGCUUCAAUUUUUGAUCAUUUUUAUAUUAUAUUAUGAUAAUGAACAGUUUGUUUCUCUUCCACAUCAAAUGAUAUUGUUUUGAAUAGGUUAGCUUUGACUUCAAAUGUUGUUGUAUUACUUUACAUUUUUGGGGGCCCAUUAAAAUAAUAAACAGCAACCUCAAUUUAUAGAAAGUGUAACCUGAUGUAAGGUCAGUGCUGUACAUAUAAAUUUGGACCAACGACCUGUUCUACAGUAACAAUAAACAUAUUUUGUACCUACAAUAAUG